AUGAUCUUCAUUGUUCCUUGUGACAUUCCAUUGAAAUUCACGUCCAAACAAUGUGGUCGAUAUUCAUGCGUUACUCGUAUUCCUCAGAUUUCAUUAUAUGACAGUGUUGCACAUAGUAUUUUACCUGCAUUUACGAUUGUUAUAUUUAGUGCAGCACUUUUCGUACGUGUUCUAUGUCAAAAACACCGUAUCCAUCAAAGAAUCAACUGGAGAAAUUAUAAGAAAAUGGCAUAUCAAUUACUUCCAAUAUCUUUCCUUUACACUGUUUUAGUAUUACCUCCGAUGAUGAUCUAUGCCGCUUAUUCAGGUGGCUUACCACGAACUGUGGCGCCCGACUAUUACAGCGACGCAAUCUUUUUUGUUCACUGGGUUAUAUUCUUCACUCCAUUUGCAUGUGUCAUGUCAUUACCGGAAUUAUCAACUAAAUGUCGAAAUGCAAUACUAUUUUGGCAUAGACGACAUACUGUGGGUCCUAUACAACUGUUAACUGCAAGUCGUCCAAAUGCUCAUCAAUAG